CGUGUGCGACAUGUACUUAUGACAACUGUGACGGCGAUCGCGAUUGCUUCAUGUGUUAUACACCUCGCGGAACACAAAUUACUCCAUACCAGAGCCAAGAUUAUAUUUUCCUGAAGGAUGAACUACGGAUUGUAUUGAUCGGCAUCACUGGUUCUGGGAAAAGUUCGUCGGGGAAUUCUAUUCUUGGGACAAGAUGUUUCCAUUCUGAGCCCAGUGCGGAAUCCGUCACAGCACAAUGUCAGCAAGGCAGUGCUGAUCGAUUUGGCUAUCGCAUCAGCAUCGUUGAUACGCCUGGCUUGCUCGAUACCGGUCGCUCACAAGCAAUAAUCGUAAAAGAAAUCGUGAAAUGUAUUGGAAUAUCUGCUCCAGGUCCACACGCUUUGAUCCACGUUCUCAAAAUCAAGCGGUUCACGAAAGAGGAGAACGAUACCAUUAGUUACUUCAGACAGGUGUUUGGAGACGGAAUGCUGCGCUACCUGUUUGUCUUGUUCACUGGGAUGGAUGAUCUGGAACACGAUGGGCGAACCCUGGAGCAGUAUGUUGCUAAGGCUCCAGCAGAUCUUAAAGCUCUUCUCAACGACUGCAAUGGAAAGUAUUUUGGAAUAAACAACCGAGAAAAUGACCAGGACCGUAAGGAAAAGCAAAUCGAUGACAUCGUAGACAAGAUUAAGUCCAAUGUUUCAAAGAACAGUGGAAACUAUUAUACAACAGAAAUGUUGGGAGCAGCAGAAAAUCAAAUGAGAAAGAGAGAACAGGAAAUAUUAAAACAGCAGGAAGAGGACACUCACAAGUCAGUUAAACGAAUAACUGAAAGAUUUGAAGCUAAAAAAGCAAAAUUGGAAGAAAGGUUCAGAGAAUUGGCGAUAACACAGGAGGAUAGGGCAUCACUGAAAUCAGUCAAUGAAAAUCAAAAGAGAGAAGCAGCCAAUGCUGAAGCUCAUCUUGGUGAAAUCACUGGAGUCACAAUGGGAACUGCGGCGAGCAGGGAUGGGAGGAGACCGAUUUGCUGAAAUACCAGAGAGAGUGCGGUCUCAAAACGAAGAACAAAAGUCCGGAAUUCGAGAGAAGCAUAUCGGACGAUUUAAUUUAGAGUUUCACAAUCUAGAAGACCAGAUGGACCAAGAAAUUAAAAGCCUCAGGAUCGAAAGAGUGGAAAAGGUUCAGAGAAAAGUGAGAGAGAACCUUCGAAAGGAAGUAGAGAUUGGUGGUCCGGUCGUGGGUUAUCUAUGGAGCGCUUUACGAGAAUGGAUUGGUUGAUGAUAGACUGAUAUUUAUGAGUUAAUGUAUUGCCAGUUAUGGAAUAUUUAUAGAAGCUACCACUUAAAUAACAUACACUAUUGAUACAUGACGUGUGUUAGUAUAUUAUGUAUUCUUACCCACUGGACAGGGUUAUCCAGCUUUUGCACAGUGACAGAAAAAUCUGUCUGACCCUAGGGCUAGAUAAAUCUGUCUGACCCGAGGGCUAGACGAUUUCUAUAUACGCGUGUCGUCAUAACUGAUAUUUAACGACGAUUGACGUCAUAACUCAUGGUUUCAAAAUUUCCCGUUGUAUCAUUGUUUUAAAAAUAUUUAAACAAUUAAUAUUUUCAACUUUAUAUUUAUUAAGUUGUUGCAUUUUUAUGUCGUUGCAUAAGUGGGACUAUAUGUUUUAGAGUGUGAUUAAAUGAGUUUCCUUGUUUGUAGGUGAAAUGUUUACGAAUAAUUCAACAACAAACAAACCGUACGUAGCUUACAAAAUUAAUGUUUUGUUACUGUAAUUAAAUGGGCAAGAAAAAGAAUCAAUCACCGUUGUGAGGUAUAGAUAAGGCGAUUCCAACCCUCGGGACAAAAUGUUUUUGUAAGGGCCUCCAUAAACCCCGGCCCUCACAAAAAAACCUCAUUUUGUCCCUCGUGUAUAUUUACCUAUUUUGUAUUGACUUUUAUUGAUUCUAUUUCGUUGCAAUUUAUCAUUCCCCUCAAUGUGCACAUUAUAUUAUUUUAUAUAUAAAUAUGUAUGUAUGCCUACAAAAUAUUUGUUAGCAAAUAAAACUGCAUUAAAGCUAAACAAGAGAGAAUAGCUUGGAUGAUGAUGAUGAUGAUGUGUCGCGGGUUAACUAGUGUAGGGAUUUAGACAACACACUGCAGACACAUACACAUGAUAUAAACAGUCCAUUCCAUGAUAUUCACAUACAUACAAGAUCUGAAAUAUUAUUCAGCAAUGUCUGCAAAAAUAUAGGGUGGCAGUUUGUUUUCAAAACAGGUUGAGUGUAUUGAAUCCGAGAUGGCCACCAUCAGACAUAACUAGUUUGAUUGUGUAGCUAUUUACCGUCAUAAAAUUACUUUCAAUACUUACUUAUGGAUUUGUUUCUGGCAUACGUACAACCCAUAUUUGUUAAUAUAUUAAUACCAGUAUUAAAAAAUGUUACCAAGAGGUAGUAGUAGACCGUCAUUUGAAUACUGACGGUGUUAGAACAUUUCGUAAGAUAAUGGAUGAAGGUUCGCCAAUCUUGGCAUUUUCAAACGCUAUGGUGAUAACAACAACGUAACAAAAUAACAUUUAAUAUACAGAGGAUAAUAAACGAGUUACCAGUUAAUAUCAAAUUUAUGUCCCGAGUGAAAUAAUUUGCACUUGUCACGAUCUUUAGCGAGAAACAAGUUAAAAUUAUUUCACGAGGGACAUAAAUUUGAUAAUAAUUGGUACCGAGUUUGUUAUUCUAUUUAUUACCCCAGCUAUUUGGGUUUUUUUUUUUUUUAAAAGCCUUUGUUUUUAAUAUACCCUA